GAAUUUUUCAUAUUUAUUCUCAUUUACUGAUUUUGAAAAGUUAAGCCAAUCCAUCAUUCAUGGAGUGAAUUCAACUUGGCCGUGUUGCAUAAUUUUUGCAUUUGUGUUCAUGAGAAACUGGCUUCUAAUUUUUUUCUCAAGUUUAAUAUCACGAGUUUCCUGAAAUCAAAGCGAGUUAGGAGUAUUCCAUGUUUUCUUCUUCUCUGGAAGAGUUUGUGUGAUUUGAUGUUACUUCUCCCUUAUGCAUUUGGGUGACAACUCUUCAGAUGAAAUGUUUCAGAGCUGGUGUUGUGGACCAUGCUUUGGAAAGCUGGACCAGAGCCUGACUUAGACGAGAAGUGGUCAGUUCCUGUCGGUGUGAAUGCUCUUGUUUUUACUCAUUUCCUCCCAGUGCAGAACUGGUCACUUCACCUCUUGCUUUCCAGUUGUGUGGGGCUCAGCCAAGCAACCAGAGGUGAGCAGUGAGACCAUCUGAGGCCUGAGCCUGGUCCUCAGGACUCUGAACUCUCUCCCUGCCACCAGGAGACCUGCCCCAGCCCUGCUAAGCCAUCUCCACACGUCUCUGACAGAAUGAGUGCCCUCGAUGGCGUCCCCUUCAAGGUCCCCAAUGGCUUUGUGAUAGGCACAGAACCUCUCCCUGGGCCAGAGCUCAGUGUUCCAGCCUGCAGGGAGCUUCUGCUGGGUUCUAUGCACAACUUCAGCCUGGAAAGAAAGGCGCUCUUCUGGGUGGAAGCCGCCCUUCCGGGACCCUGCCCGUCCCAGUGCGGGGACCCGGGGACAGCGUCAGCGCCUCCAGCCUGGCUCUUGCUGCUGAGCCCGGAACACCAGCUGGCACCGGCGCCUACUGCCAGCAAAAGCCCAGAGGCCGGACUUCAGGAGCAGCCGGAGGAGGAGGAAGAGGAGAAAGUAGGGGAGGAUGAGGAAGGCGUCUCCUCCGGCAGCGAGGAGGAGCCGGGCCCGCGCCGGGGCUCGCUGGGCGCAUUGAGCGGCGUGCGCUCGGAACCCGCGGGCACUCGGCGGCGGCUCUCGGAGGGCCGGCUGGCCGCCCGGCCCCGCACGCUGCUGCCUCGCCCCCGCGGCCAGCGCGCGCUGAGCCUCUGCUGCUCCGGCCCGGCGCCCGCGCCCGCAGCCCCGCUCGCCGACGCCCCCGUGCUGCCCCAGCGACCCUCCACGGCGGGCGCCAUGCCCCCGCUGCGCAGCCACAAGCCCACGGUCGCGUCUCUCAGCCCGUACACCUGCCUGCCACCUCCCGGGGAGGCACCGCAGCCUCUCCACCACCACAGAUCCCAGCCUGAUGCUGCUGCGGCUGAUCUGCUGUCCGCCCUGAGCCAGGAGGAGCAAGACCUCAUCGGGCCGGUGGUGGCUCUGGGCUACCCCCUGGGAAGGGCCAUUGUGGCCCUGCAGAAGACGGGGAGGCAGAGCCUGAGCCAGUUUCUCGGCUACCUCAGCGCCUGUGACCGGCUGCUGCGCCAGGGCUACGAGGAGGGCCUGGUGGACGAAGCCAUGGAGAUGUUCCAGUUCUCAGAAAGCCAGGCCGGGGAGUUCCUGCGCCUCUGGGAGCAGUUCAGCGACAUGGGCUUCCAGCAGGAGCGCAUCAAGGAGGUGUUGCUGGUCCAUGGCAACCGCCGGGAGCAAGCGCUGGAGGAGCUGGUGGCCUGCGCCCAGUGACCACGCCAGGGCCGCAGAGCCCUCCUCGGUGCCCGGGCACCCCGGCCAGGGCCACUCCUGCAGCCCGUCCUGACUGCGUUAUUAAAACCCAACUGUGGGCCCAGCGCUGUGGCGCAGAGGGUUAAAGCCCUGGCCUGAAGCGCCGGCAUCCCAUAUGGGCGCCGGUUCGAGUCCCGGCUGCUCCUCUUCCGAUCCAGCUCCCUGCUAUGACCUGGGAAAGCAGUAGAAGAUGGCCCAAGUCCUUGGGCCCCUGCACCUGCGUGGGAGACCCAGAGGAGGCUCCUGGCUCCUGCCUCCAGAUCGGCACAGCUCCGGCCAUUGCAGCCAUCUGGGGAGUGAACCAGCGGAUGGAAGACCUCUCUCUCUCUCUCUCUCUCUCUCUCUCUCUCUCUACCUCUUCCUCUGUAACUGUCUUUCAAACAAAUGAAAUACAUCUUUAAAAAAAAAAAAAACUGUAGCACAAAGCGACUUGUGUUCACUGCUGAAGCAGGAAGGAUGCCCAGGGUGGGAGUAAAUACCCUAAGGCGGCUGGAGUUGGAAGCUACUGCCUCUGGGAAGAGAGAGGGGGGAUCCUGGGCCAGGAGCUGCCUUCCCUGCAGGCUUUGUAAACAUCACCGGCAGCUGACCCUUUAAGCUGUGUGCACUGGUAGCUUUGCUCUUAAGGAAGUGAGGACGAAUGACUGGCAGCUCUCUUUGAGCCCCGUGAGCUCCUCCUGGGCUCCGUGCCAGUUGGAAGACCUGAUUCCUGAUUGGGGUUCUGUUGGUGUCCAGCUCAAGGCCUCUUCGGGCCUCCGUUUCCCAGGAAAGGUAGAGCGAUUUGACGAGGUCACAAGUUACAUCAGGGACCCUGGGGGUUAGGCUGCCACUGGGAUGCCCAUGUCCCAUUUCAGCAUGCCUGGGUUCCAACGCUGCCCUGCUGCCAGUCCAGUUUCCUGGAAGGCAGCAGAGGAUAGCGCACGUACUUGGGUCCCCGCCACCUAUAUGGGAGACCCAGAUGGAGUUCCUGGCUCUGACCCAGCCUGGCUGUUGCAGGCCUUUGGGAAGUGAAUCAGUGGGUGGAAGUUUCUCUCUCUCUCCCCUCUACCUUUUGAAUAAAAAUAAAGAAAACU